AUGCUCAAUAUUUUUGUUGCCGUUAUGCAAUAUCCGUAUCUUUGAUCGUCAUACUGUAUCGCAAACAAUARCAACAGCCAUCAUGGAGAAGACUCUGGUGUUAUCGAUCAUUGUUCUGAUCAUGAUCAACAUCACAGAUUCAAUAACGAGUUCAAUUGUUGGGCCAUCGCUCGUCUUUUACGUAACAGAAAUGGGAGGCACAAAGGAGGAAUAUGGAAUGAUCUCGAGUUCUUCCUUUCUGAGCGGAAUGUUAAUGAUGUCUUUUUAUGGGCACUGGGUCGACCAGAAUGGAAACAAGUAUAAGGCCCCAUACACGGCAAGCUUUAUCCUGGGCAUUCUAGGAUCGCUUAUUUAUUUCUUUGCAAUCGUGAUGCCCAAAGGUAGAUGGGCUGUGUACACGAUCUUGAUGGGACGGCUGGUGACAGGGAUGGGAGCUUCUGGCCGAACCCUAGCAUACAGCUACGUCGCAACAGCGAUUCCMCAUGACCAGCAACGAAYGACGCUAACGGUUAUGAGCAUGACCCGGAGUUUUGGAAUGCUGCUCGGACCCUUGAUGAAUCUGCUCGUGUCCGAAGUAGAUACAUCUGUUGCUGUUUUCGAUUGGYUAGUGGUGCCUAUAGAUAGAAACAAUUCGGUGGGAUUAAUUGUUGCCUUUGGUGAGAUAAUUCUCCUCAUAGCUAUGUUUCUUUUUUUGACAGAUCCACCGCCUAGGGAGAAAUCAGCAUCGAGGGUGUCUUCGUCGUCAAACACUACAGAGGAACAAUCCAAGGCCGGAUUCAGAGAGAUUUGGGAGGCAAUUGCGUGCUUCGAUUUGUUCCUUCCGAUGGCAACGAUGUUUGUCUUCAUGUUCAAUUUUCAAUUGUAAGUACGAAUGUCUUUCGUCUUCAUGGUUUUUCCCUUUACAUACAAUGAUAUCGUUGUUCCCAAAUUUCUCACCUGUUCUACCUCAUGAUUCUAUCAGAUACGGUGUUGCCAUCCCACCCGUUGGCUUUCAUGCGCUCGGCUGGGACCCGGUGCAAAUCUCAAACGUCCUGGCUGUUCAAGCUAUCUUCUUAUUUGUGGGCAUGUGCGUCUCGAUGUACCUGUCCCUAAAGAAGGCACCGGAUAUUUACAUGAUUGGCUUUGGCAAUCUGUGUUUUAUUGUUAGUGGAACAUUUACCUACCUGUUCUGGACGGAUGAUGCCAUAGCAUGGCAAUUUGUUCUGCCUGUGUUUACGGUCGCCUUUGCGUAUCCCUUUUUGGGCCCGGCAAAUCGAUCGAAGUUUACAAAGGCCGUCCACGGUCGUCCGGAGUUAGGAAACGCACAUGGGGUGAUGCAAUCUCUCUUCAAUCAGGGCUUUAUGCUUGCCGGUUUCAUCAGUCCAAACUUUGUGGCAUCUUAUGUUCUUCGACGCCCAGAGGAUGUUGGCUUAGAUGGUAGCAGCGAUCACGAAUUGACGCCCUGGGCAUGGUAUAUUCCUAUUACGUCAACGCUUAUCAUAAUUGGUCUGCUCUACGAAGAAUUCUUCCUUGAGAAGAAUGAAUUGGGAYUUUUAGCUGAGAAGGAGGAGAUCCCAGCGUCCGAGACGAGUACCUUACUGGAAGCAAAAGGAACAGAGAGCAAAUACAAAUCUAUUGCAACUCGACGGAGGUCGAGUGUUGUCGAAUGCACCCAGGCAUUUUCGAGAGAAUUCGAGGUUAAUCGGCGUGCGUCUGUUGAGAUAAACGGAAUUCCGAAUCCCUUUGAAACAAGCGACGAAAUCCAACUACGAGACAGACUCUGGAAGGACAAACAAGAAUGGGAACACCUUCAAAAGAUUGAUGCUGCGUUAGAUGAAACUGAAGGGAACUCAAUGAAUGGAUGAAACGAAAAAUCAUGAGGAAAUACCAUCGCAACUAUAUGAUGAAUUCAUUGAUGAAUUCAUUGUUAGAGACGUUCUGAUUUGCAGAUUUAUGCUCACGUUGUGAAAAACCAAAUCUAUUUUUUUUUCCUGGAUGAAAAGUGUUGCCUUAGUAAUUAUCUAAGACAWUAAUGACGUUGUACGAUCGRAGAAUUUUUUAGGGUAUCAUGAAUUUUGACAAACACUCAUAGUCUWAAAWUGAUGUAGCGUCGAACRUCUCUGGCGUCUUGGAACGACAGGUGACAUACAACAAAAUUUUGUUUUUAUUUCCCAUGAAAUGGGAGGAAAGAUUUCCUAUCCCUAUACAUCAAAUUGAAUCGACUCAUGGAAACGAGCCCAAAGGUAUGCAGGUCUCCGCCCAAGWCUUCAAUUUCGUCACAACCACAAUGGCGGCAUCCGCACCCCCAGGUGUCGGGAGGAAAUCAAGGACGAUGUCACUUUUUACAAUUUUUUCUUGCUCGUCUUGUCUCCCGUUCUCUUUUUCUUUUCCUUCUUCGUUUUCGCCUUUUCKUUCAGAGUGAUGUCUUUCUGAGCUACGACUGUAAAUUUCAGAAGCUUGCAUUCCAAUGCACGGCCAAAACUACAAGUAGGAGCCAAUUCUUUGUCUGUGUACACGGUCGCGGAAAUAUCGUCGACGAGAAAACCAUAACGAAUGGCUUCCUUCAACAAGAGUUGAUGGGAGUCCUUGCACCGUUCUUGGAGGCAAAGAAAGAUUACGGUUUGUGAAUGCGACAAGAAUUGCAUAGUUUCUAGCAUUGGCAGAACAAACCGAGUAGAAAAGACAACAUCCGUGCCUACAAUGCAAUCGAUGGAAUGGGCGUCAAUUCCUGCUUUGGAGCAAUCGUGUUCGUACCGUGUCCAAUCCAAUUCAUCGACCGACACGUGGUGAACUGCUUUCUUMUUACUCUCGCAAUCAUCGCCGUUGUUGGGAGAUAAACAGGGAUAAUUCUGUUCCAGGUUGCGCUGCAGAUUCUCCAUGACCUCGUUGGUUUCCGUGAGAAUAACGCGAGACGACGAUAAUUCGAUCCUCUCGUCGCCGCCAAUGAUGCCCAAUUCGAAGGCCUUGUGAAGGGAAAGACCGAGCAUUCCACAUCCUGCACCUAUUUCCAAAAUGGUUCUGGAUUUGGUCUUUUUGGACACUGAACCAGCAAGAGGAGUAGAAGUACCUAGCCAUUCUUUUGACGCCAAYAGAUAAUUCAACAACAAAUACGAGGUCUCCCACACAAUUCCACCCGUGUGUGUUUCGGCUGCACCCGAAACGUCCUGCUGGAUUGUGAUCGAACCGCUGUUCGGUGCUGGUGCUCGUGGUUCUUUUUGCAGCCGAUAACACACCGACGGCGCGUUUGCCAGUUCGAAAAAUACGUUCGACACGUCUGCAUCAUCGCCACUCUCGUAGCCGUUGUGCCCAACACUYKCUUGGUUGGAACAAUAUUCGUCCCAAAUAUCUUGAAAGCACAGGCCUAGUGAUUUCGUCUCGGGUGUGUCACCAGUCGAGGUGGCCGUCGUUUUGGUUUUCUUGUUUGAGGAAGAUGAAGAUCGUCGUCUCUGUCGUUGUCGUUUCCCCAUACUCUCAAAUCGCUACCUCCRAUAACGUUUCGAUCACUCCAUUCUGUCUCUUCGAUUUCUGGAGUAUUUAUUCUUGCCUUGCCUUUGUGCUCUACGGUACCAUCGAUCACUAUCGUACGGUAUGGGAAGUCCUGAUGUAUCCGAGUCGUGGUUUUUCGAUGGCUGAUGGGCAUGGCAGGCAAAAGGAAGGUUUGAAAAAGUUGUUCCUAGACUUUARAU